UCCUUCACCUGACCUGCUGUCAAAAGCAAAACAAACCAUGAAGACCUUGAUGCUGCUGUUGUCUCUCUUAACCCACUUUGCAUUUCCAGUGAAACACUCCCUGAAGUAUGUGCUCACCUCUACUUACGGAAUCAAUCGUGUCCCACAGUUUUUCGGUGUGGCAAUGGUUGAUGAAGUUCCGAUGGGUUACUGUGACAGCAACAGACCAACCCCAGAAGCCAAAACAGACUGGCUGAAAAGAAUUUUCAAAGAGAAACCUAAGCACUUUGACUGGUACGUUGGCAGCUGUUUGGGUAACCAGCACACAUUCAAGGACACUAUGGACACCUUGAUGCAGCGUUUUAACCAAACUGAGGGUGCCCACAUUUUCCAGAGGAUGAGUGGCUGUGAGUGGGACGAUGAAACUGGAGAGGUUAUAGGUUUUAUGCAUUACGGUUAUGAUGGAGAAGACUUCCUUGCAUUCGACCUGAAGACACUGACAUGGAUCGCUCCGAAACCACAGGCUUUCAUCACCAAACUGAGAUGGGAUGCUGAGAAAUCUAGAACAAAAUACAAUCAGAAUUACCUCGCUCAGAUUUGUCCUGAGUGGCUGAAGAUGUAUGUGGACUAUGGAAAGAGCGCUCUGAUGAGAACAGACCUUCCCUCAGUGUCUCUCCUCCAGAAGUCUCCCUCCUCUCCAGUCAGCUGCCACGCUACAGAUUUCUACCCUGACAGAGCCAUGAUGUUCUGGAGGAAAGAUGGAGAGGAGAUUCAUGAGGACGUGGACCACGGAGAGAUCCUCCCCAACCAUGAUGGAUCCUUCCAGAUGAGUGUUGACCUGGACCUUUCAUCAGUCCCACCUGAAGACUGGAGGAGAUAUGACUGUGUGUUUCAUCUCUCUGGUGUGAAGAACGACAUCAUCACCAAACUGGACAAAGCAGUGAUCAGGACCAACUGGGUUUCUCCCUCACAGUUUCCUGCUGGUGCUGUUAUUGGAGUUGUUGUAGGACUGCUGCUGCUGACACUCUGCAUCACUGGACUCUUCAUCUGGAGAAGGAACCAUCAUGGAUUCAGACCUGCAAACACCUCUGACUCUUCAGCGUCAUUGGACAAAAACUUGUCACCUAACUGAUCACAGCUCCCAGUGAAGAUUAGAUGAAAACUCCAGUGAAGUUACUGUUGCAUCUAAAGGGUUAUUUCUUUUCUAAAAAGCAUUUUAUUCAAAUUUGCAUUUUUUUCAAAUGUACAUAUUUAUUUUAUUUAUUUGAUCAAAAUCAAACAAUGAGAUGUGAAGUUACAGAACCUGUCAGAACAUCACAGGAUGAGUCAAACUGCUCAAGUGUGAAUCUAUUUACACACCAAAGAACCAAAGAAGAUCAUUAAAGUGACAGUCAGAGCUGACAGAAGCAUAACUGUGGAGGAAAAUCCUCCAGGAAUACAACAACUGAGGAUGCCAUACAGCUGCUUCUGCAGACUCUAUUUUGAUGUUGACCCAUAAGAAUUUUUAAAUUUGUUAAUAAUCUUGUUAUUGCAUCAGUUCCUCUGGAGAGUUAAUGACCUGUGUGGUUGGUAACUAAAAAUGUAAUGUAAAAAGUGUAAAAGUACAUUUACUCAAAUAUUUCAAUUCUGAGGAACUUGUACUUAAGUUAAACAUUUUCAUUCUAUGUUCCAGAAAUAUUUUAUUUUCCUUUAAAAAAAAUGAAGUAUUUUAAGAUAAGAUAGAACAUUGUGACAUACAAAUUUGAUGAUAAUCUUAUUAAAGCCAUAGUUGGUAAUCCUGUUCAGAAACACUUCUUGUUAUACUGGGUAAAAUGGUCCUUCCAUCCUGAGAGUAGUCAAUACAUAAUGUGUUCAGAAAUAGGAAUGAAAAAAAUCAGACCUCUGUGGCAGCUGCAGGCCUGUAAAAACUCUGACCAAUCCCUGCCAUUCGGUGCAAAUGGAAAGAACCAAUCAGAUGCCUUCAUGUCUCGUAUUGCCUGAGCCCCCCUCCGUCCCUCCCUCCCUCCUCCCUGCGCGCACUCAUCACAUGUCACCGUUGCCGGAAAUAUUCAGCACAUUCCUCAGCAGAAAUACUGAGUAAGCAGGAGUUUGCUGAACAAUGGCAGAAAAAAUGCAGCCAAAAGUACCACUUCCAGUGUUACUUGUAAUGGCUCACCCCACUAAACAGGCUGAGAAAAGAAAGUCAGAGGCAGAAAAGGCUGCGACGAACAAGGAUUUGGAUAAAGUGAGAGGACAAACCAGACAUCAACAGCAGUCCAGCUUUUGAACGGUGGAGACAACUGAGGGAGCUGAAGGGCCUGAAAAGUGAUGCAGAGGUUGCUGUCUUUCUGUUGGACAGGUAUUUAUUUGUUUGCUUUGGGGGAUUUGUUAUUUUACUCGGCUCUCCUCUGCUCUGCUGACUGCAGGAUGCGCGUUCAGGCAUGUCUGGGCUCGUGGCUUUGGACGGAGCACUGACGGGAGGGAGAGCAGGGGAUGGAGCUUAGAGGAGGUGCCGCUUUCAAAUCUUGCUAGCUCUCCAACAUUACCAACUAAGGCUUUAAAUGUAAUGUUUGGAUGUAAAGGCCCAGACACACCAAACUGACUUCAGAGAGCUAGCAGCAAUGAACACCCCCUGCUAUGUUGCCUGACGUGGCCAUGUCUCAGCCAAAAAAGUUGCACUCCAACACAUUGCAAAGACUACAGUCGACGGUCAACUAGCACAUAUGUUCAGCACCUGCAUGAGAGUAAAUAACUCUCCACACCAGCAGUCCGUAAUCCUCAUUCAAAGAGGGAAAGCUAAAGACUGUCUUGAUGCUAAUUAGCCAGUUAGCACAUUAACAAUCCAAUCCAAUGCUGAACAACAGAGCAUAUUUACCAUGCGCCAGUGAACAGUAACACCAACCAUCACAAAACGUUUCUGCUAGAAAGCUCAUGGCUAAAGAAAAAUAAUCUUACCUUAUGU